AUGAACUCCCUCCGCUUCGCGCGCGCGGCUCUCCGAGCACGCCCUGCUGCCAUUAGGGCCCCUCUUCAGCGCCGCACCUACGCGGAUGCUGUCCCCGACAAGAUCAAGCUGAGCCUGUCGCUCCCCCACCAGUCUAUCUACAAGUCCCAGGACGUCGUCCAGGUCAACCUCCCCGCCGAGUCGGGCGAGAUGGGCAUCCUCGCCAACCACGUUCCUUCAAUUGAGCAGCUGAAGCCCGGUCUUGUCGAGGUUGUGGAAGAGAGCGGGCCCAGCAAGCAGUUCUUCCUGUCCGGUGGAUUCGCCGUCGUCCAGCCGAACUCGGUGUUGAGCAUCAACGCCGUCGAGGGCUACCCCCUGGAGGAUUUCAGUGCUGAGGCCGUCCGGGCGCAGAUCGCCGAGGCCCAGAAGGUGGUGAGCGGCAACGCCAGCGAGCAGGAUGUUGCCGAGGCCAAGAUUGAGCUGGAGGUCCUUGAGAGCCUCCAGGCUGUCCUGAAAUAG